AUGUGGGGGCCGCCGGGACGCGGGGAGCGGGGGGGGGGGGGGGGGCGAGGGUAUAGGGGGGGGGCGGGGGGGGGGGGGGGAGGCAGGGAGGGAGGCAGGGAGGAGGUUGCGGCGACGGGGGAAACGUGCCGCCUCUCGGUUGCCUGGGCAGCGUGGCAGGAGCAUCUGAGCCAAAAUGAUUGGCUGCGCCGGCCGAAUUUACACAGCACAGUACCAGAAGAGCCACGUGGCCACGUUACAGGCGCGCCGUGCCUCCAGAGCCAUUUCAUCAAAAAAUCAGAGGAUGCUUGUGCCACGACAAAAGCCAGAUGGAAACACCAGAGCUUGUUGCCAGGCCAGGCUUGUUGCCAGGCCAGGCUUGCUGCCUGCUCUUCACUGGCCGUCCAUAAUGCCUCGGUACUUGACCCAAUCGCGAUGCAUCUCCCGAUACACUCUGUACUUUCUCUCGUACAGCUCCCCGCCCUCGCUCUGCACGACCUCCCGCUUCCCCUCGCCGCCCAUCUCCCUGGCCCAGCGCACGAGCCCCACCUCGCCGCCCUCGGCCGCGCACCUCGCCAGCACGCUGCCGCCCAGCAGCACGCUCUCCUCCCCCCCCUUCAGCACGGGGACCCCCACGCAAGCGGCAAGCUCGCGCACAAACAUCACGCUGCGGCACAACCCACCCGCUGCCAUCACCACGCGCACGUCGUGCCCGCCGUCGCGCAGCGCCUCCACCACGUGCCGCGCACCGCAACAGAUCGCCACCACCGUCGCGCGGAACCGUACGGCCAGGUCCCACUCGUCCGUUCCCAGUGUCACCCCACUCACCAUCCCCGUCAGCUGCGCGUCCGCCACAGGGCUGCGGUUGCCCGCGUGGUAAUCCAGCACGUGCACGUGUCGCGCGGGGUCGUUCCCGCUUGUCACCGCACUAGCUGUCAGCGCUGCAAGCGCGUCGUACACCCCGUCCUUCCCGACGCGCCGCACGAGUCCCGCGUACGCCGGGUGCGUCGUGACUGUGUGCUCCAGCAGCUUGCCGGUGACGCUCUGCCCGCCCUCGGUAACGUACAUCCCCGGCAUUAUCGCGUCGCGGAACGGGCCCCACACGCCCUUGAUGAGGCGCGGCGCCGCGGAGACUUGGAUGAAGCAGGUCGAUGUCCCGCACACUACGCUGAGCCGCAUGGUCGGCUGUGGUGCGAGGCGAGUGAGCAGCGGCGACGUCGCGCCGAGUGCCCAGAGCGAGCCGCAGUGCGCGUCGAUCAUCGGCGCGGCGACGACGCACUGCGCCGACAGCCCGAGGGCCGCCGCCGCGGCUUCGCACAGCGGGCCGAUGGGGUCGCCCGGCUGCAGGAUGCGUGA